GCAAAGAAAGGGGGGAAAAAAAAACUUCCUGUAGCGAGUCAGGCUUUGUUGGGGUGUGUUCAUGCGUUUGGUGUUUGCUGCUGUUGGAUUCCCCUGAUGAGGGUGCAAGGCUCGGGGAGCUCCUUUGCAUCCUUGUCUCCCCAUUAUAUUGGAAAUGACAAAAGGAGUAAACUUCCUUUGCUUGUGGUCGCGUAUCAGGAGGGUUUUCUUUUCAGCACAGGGAGGCUGUGCUGCUCUGAGCGUGGAGCUCCGUGCAGGACCGGAGGUGUGUGUGCACCCCGGAGCUGCUCAUGGCCGCUGCCCUGCGGCGUCCGAAAAGUUUCAGGUCCCGGACACACCUCUCCUCUUUUUAGUGGAACUACCGUAAAACCCGCCUCUAACAAGAGCCCUCAGCCCAGGAAUCGACACGGAGAGCCCCGCCAUGCCGGGAAUGAUCAGCAAGAACCUAGACCUCGAGUUCGACUCUUUACAACCUUGUUUCUAUCCGGACGAAGAUGAUUUCUAUUUAUGUGGGCCGGAUUCGGCCCCCCCCGGGGAGGACAUCUGGAAGAAGUUCGAGCUGCUGCCCACCCCUCCGCUGUCCCCCAGCCGGGCCGGGCUGCAGGAGCACCCCCCGGGGGGGGCUCCAUCGCCGUGGGGAGGGGCGGCCCUGGGGAGCUGCCGCCCCGCUGAUCCCCUGGACUGGGCGUCCGAGUUGCUUCUCCUGCCCCCUGAGGCCGAGCUAUGGGGCAGCGCGGAUGGAGCGGAUUUCUUCGAAACGGGCCUCGGGGCGAACAACAACCUCAACUCCAUCAUCAUCCAGGACUGUAUGUGGAGCGGCUUCUCGGCCCGCGAGAAGCUGGAGCGGGCGGUCAGCGAGAAGCUGCAGGGCAAACCGCCCGCCGCCGCCCCUCCGCCUCCCCCCCCGGUUGUGUCCACUGCCGCUGUGACCGCCGCGAACAACCCCAGCUCCGGUCCCGGCCGCGCGGAGCUGGGUGGCUCCGUGCCCGAGUGCGUGGACCCGGCCGUGGUGUUCCCUUUUCCCGUCAACAAGCGGGAAGCGGCGGUGCCGAGCGGCGCUGAGACCCUGCGGGGUGGCCGCCCGCCUCGUCCCGCCGGGGACAGCCGGGCCAGCAGCAGCUCCGGGGACGACACGCUCAGCGACUCGGAUGAUGAAGACGAGGAGGAAGAGGAUGAUGAAGAAGAAAUAGAUGUUGUGACAGUGGAGAAAAGACGCUCCUCCUCCAACAAGGCUGUUACCACCCUCACGAUUACAAUGCGUCCUAAAAAUACCACUUUUCCAUCGGUCAGGACACAGCAGAAUGAACUGAUUUUAAAGCGUUGUGCACCAAUUCACCAGCAGCAUAAUUAUGCCGCUCCUUCUCCAUAUAUGGAGAGUGAAGAUGUGCCGCCACAGAAGAAGUUAAAAGCCGAGGUGCCCCGUCCAGUAAAACCCAUCAUCCAACCAAAGUCAAAGAGUUCAAGUCCUCGAAACUCUGAUUCGGAGGAUAGCGAACGUCGACGGAACCAUAAUAUCUUGGAGCGUCAGAGGCGUAAUGAUCUGCGGUCCAGUUUCCUCACGUUAAGGGACCACGUUCCAGAACUUGUUAAAAACGAGAAAGCUGCAAAAGUUGUGAUUUUGAAAAAAGCCACUGAAUAUGUCCAUUCCCUUCAGGCAGAGGAGCAGAAGUUAUUGCUAGAAAAGGAGAAAUUGCAAGCCAGGCAACAACAGUUGCUAAAGAAAAUAGAGUAUAAGCGGACUUGCUAAACUUAUUUCUUCUCUCUGUUUUUUAUCCUCUUUUUUUCCUUUUUCUUUUUUUUUCUUUUUUUCUUUUUUUUUUUCUUUUUUUUUUUUUUUUUUUUUUUUUUUUUUUUUUUUGGCUGACCAGGACAGUCAUUGCCACUUUGCACAUUUUUGAUUCUUUAAAAAAACAAAAAAAACAAAAAACAAAAAAAAAAAAGGUGUUUUUUUUGACGUUAAGAAUGUUGGUCUUACUUUCAAUUCAGUCCCUGAAGUAAUUGACAAACUUUUAUUAUCCGGGUACGGAGCAAAUGGAUGUUCUUGCAAGAAGUUUAUUGCAAGACUCCCAAACAGCGAUGGACUGCCUUUGUUUUUCAUUCUAAGAACUGUAGAUGGUGGAUUUUUUAAUUCUUUUUUUUUUUUUUUUUUAAUUGUUGUGAGCAUUUGGAGCUGCUGAUGACAUCUAGUUGAGUUCAAAACAUUCAUUCCUAAUUUUGAUGGUGCUUAUGUUCUAACAGAUGUUACUUUAGGGGGUUGGCAUUUGUAGCCCUCUGGGAAUUUUCUGUAAAUACCAUCUACACACUUGCCUUUUGUACAUGUCUUGGGUUAUGAGAGGUGGCUUUUGCUGCCAGUAUUAGACUGGAAGUUCAUACCUAAGUACUGUAAUACCUCAAUGUUUGAGGAGCAUGUUUUUGUAUACAAAUAUAUUGUUAAUCUCUGUUAUGUACUGUACUAAUUCUUACAUUGCCUGUAUACUUUAGUAUGAUGCUGAUACAUAACUAAAUUUGAUACUUAUAUUUUCGUAUGAAAAUGAGUUGUGAAAGUUUUGAGUAGAUAUUACUUUAUCACUUUUUUGAACUAAGAAACUUUUGUAAAGAAAUUUACUAUAUAUGCCUUUUCCUAGCCUGUUUCUUCCAGUUAAUGUAUUUGUUAAUGUUUGGUGCAUAGAACUGGGUAACUGCAAAGUUCUGUGUUUAAUUUCUUCCAAUGGUGUACAUUUAGUGCUGCGUCUUAUAGCACUUUGAAAUACCUCAUGUUUAUGAAAAUAAAUAGCAAUUACAUGAUGUGCCACUUACUAUUUUUUCUUCAAAAUGAAGCUCCUUGAAAUAAAGUCUUUAACUUUG